AUGUCUGAGUUCUUUUUCUCUGAUGAUCCUCAAAGACCCGAACCAUCCGAGUUUUUAUGUGGAGUCGUAGAGGGUAUUUUGUUAAUCUUUAACGGUUUUAUUAAAUGUCUAUAUUCCAUGCUUAUUGUAGGGUUCUAUGGUCGUCCAUGGACAUAUCCUCAGCGUCGUGAACUCUUUAGACGCAUGCAGUCAAUGGGGAUGAAUGCUUACCUCUACGCCCCUAAGGAUGACAUAAAGCACCGGAUUUCAUGGCGUGAGCUCUACACAGAAAAGGAAGCGGAAAAUAUGCGGUCUCUUAUUGCUGCUGCUAAUGACCAUAACAUCUGCUUUAUUUUUGCGAUCUCUCCCGGCGGUGAUGUUGUCUACUCCGACGAAGAAGACGUUGCUGCUUUAAAAGCGCGACUUGAACAGGCUCUGAACCUGGGCUGCCACGCAUUCGCUCUCCUCUUUGACGACAUCGACACGCGUCUAUGUUCGGCAGACCAGGAGGUCUUUGACUCGCCCGGGCGCGCCCAAGUGGCACUUACUAACAAGGUCUACGAGGCUCUCAACCAUCCGGAUGUCUUCCUCUUCUGUCCCACUGAAUAUUGCGCCAGCCGAGCCGUUCCCAACGUCAACCACUCCACCUAUCUUGCCACUCUUGGAAGCGAUCUCACUGAAGGUGUCCUUCUUUUCCUUUCCAUGUUGAUUCAAUACUUCCUAGGAAUAAAAGUGAUGUGGACAGGGCCCCAGGUCGUCAGUAAGCGCAUUCCCACACUGGGCAUCCGCGAUCUCUUGCGUCUGCUGAAGCGACCAAUUGUGCUAUGGGACAAUCUUCAUGCCAACGAUUAUGAUCAGCGUCGCAUCUUCCUCGGUCCCUACUCGGGUCGACCCCUGGCUUUGCGUCGCCGCCGCCUGCUCCACGGCAUUCUCACCAACCCCAAUUGCGAGUUCGAGGCCAAUUACGUUGCUAUUCACACUCUUGCUCAGUGGACUCGUAUUGGGCACCCCUCCCACGCGGACCAGAUGGCUGUGUCAGAAUCCGUCGAUGCUGGUGACGACGUGGAAAGUGAGGAAGAAGGGGGGCAGGAGGCCAGUUUACAGUCCUCACCAGUCUAUCGACCACGUGAAGCCCUUCAUAACGCUCUAAGAGAUUGGUUGGCCCUCAUGCUUCAGGACCAGAGGUCAAACUCGGCACUGGCAAAGCGAAACAUUUCGCAUCCAGCGACUCCAACACCAAUGGAAACGGACUUCACGGACCCCCAAGAGAUCCCCAUGCAGGUAGAAGCUACUGAAAGCGCUAGUGCUGGAAUCGGGGCUGACGUGAACAUGGGUUCAGAGUCUACCGACGUGGUUGGAUCAAUUGGAAUCAGUUUGGAGGAUCUCGAGCUACUCUCCGACCUAUUCUACCUCCCUUUUUCCUACGGGCCGACUGCUCUGAAAGCGCUUGAAUUGGGCUAUUGGCUUCGUGAGAACUCUCAUCUUGCCCCCACAACCAAAAGUGAUGUGGAGCACAAUAAAUGGUGUAAAAAGUUUGCCGAGUUCAUUAAAAUACUCACUAAUGUGAGUCAACUGAGGGAGAAGAUCCAACGGCUUCCCCAUCCCGGUGUUGUAUAUGAUCUCGCACCCUACCUCACUGGCAUUACUUCUGCCUUUGUUAUGCUACUUGACUAUUUCCGAUGGCUUGAAAACGGCGUUAUGGCAAACCGGAGUCAGGCUCAUUUGAAACGUCUUCUUACCUGGUUUUCUCCAGGCUACAGUGAAAUGACAAUGUCGGGAGAUCAUGAACCUUGGAUGUUUCGAGGUGGCAUUAUUGCUGAACUCCAGCGGAUUCUUCCUCUCGAAUCAGCACAGGACCUAUUCCCUGCGCCCAGUCGAGUAGGCCCCACGAUGACCACAACGCCUGCUGCUUCGCUGACCGCCGAUGAACUUUCAUCCUGUGAACAAGUCCCUUCUCUCCUUGCGCCAGACAGCUGGAACACUGCAAAAGUGGGCUUCCAGCCACGCCGACCCUACUUCCUACGUCCUUACAAACUCGAGGAUAAACAAAAAAUCUACGACCUUUGGCGACGUAUACUCCUGCACAGACUUGGUCUCCCGAAAGAUGCCUUUCCAGAUAAAUAUAAAGAUAUUCCGGGUGAUCGGUACUUCGCCGCCUACUUAGAGCGUUUUCCACAGCACUGUCUGGUGGUGGAGGGUCCUCCACUCUUCUUCGACGUUGCUUUAGAGACGUCGUCAGUUCCUUGUGGUGUUGGCCGCAGCUUGUCUUCUACUGCCGCCCCAUCGUGGGACAUUGUUGCGUUCGCCUGUGCAGCCCCCGACAUCGGCGAGCUGACCCGUGCGCGGGACGAUCUGCGUCGCGGUCAGCUGCGGACUAAGUAUCCUAAGGAUGCAGUUCUGUGUGGUGGUGAAAAUCACCCAUCUAUACCUCGCAAGCCCUCCAUAAACAACGAUGUGCCUCAUCUGUCUGUUGAGGAUUUCAUUCGUAUAUCUUUGGACUGGGUCCACGAUGAGCGCAUAACUGCAGCUUCUUCAAGCAUAAUUGCAGAAGUAGCUGUCACUGAGGCACCACCCCCUGAGCCGUUGGGUGCCGCUAUCUCCGAGCAACAACAGCAGGAGCGACAUCAACAACAACCAAUGGCGGUGGAGGUGUAUGAGCAGGAAGAAAAACUCACCACAAAAACAGUUAUUGCUGAACAGGGCCAGGUGGUUGCGGACGUAGUGGAAGCGGAAUACGCGGAGAGUAACAGCGAGGAGCAACAAAGAAUACGGGCAAGAGAAGAGGAUGAAAAUGCUGCUACUACUACCACAAAAGUGGAUCAGGGUCCAAAGAAAAUGGAUGAUGAGGAGGAGGUCAAGUCGGGUGCUCGGACAGUGGAGGCCAUCCACUCAGCGAUGAUAGCGCACCCAGCGAGCAUCUUCGUGGAGUUGGACGAUUGUAAUUUCACCUGUUCCCUUGGUGGAGUUGCUGGGCCUUCCAUGAACCCCUUAACCAUGAUAAAUCACCAACUUGGAGUAGGCUUCGAUCCGCCAGAGUUGGUGCUUGACGAAGUCUCAAGACGUCUCUUUGUCUGUCUUCUGGCUGGGCUCAAAACCUGUGCUUCGCAUGGAGUUCACGUUGAGUUGGAUGCGAUAAACGAAACACGAGCUGAACUCUACCGCCGAUACGGAUUUUAUCCAGUUACCGCUGCCUCCACCGACUUUGUCACAGUCCUCGGACGUCUUAUUUAA